GACCGGCAGAGCAGUUGAGCGUCGCAGUUCGAUGCGAGAACAUCGUAUAUUUUCAAGGACGACGCGAUAUUCUCAAUUCCUCGUGCCAUAAUAGAAAAAGCGACGAUCCGGUUGUUCGAACUGUUUUAUGCGCUUGCAUAUAUAUAUAACAUAUAUACGACGAAAACUAGUCGCAUCAGACGACGGUGACGCGUUUCGUAUUCGAGUGAUUUGCUAUAUCGUUCGUAGUUUCUAACGGUAAGUAAGCUCGAAAAGGACACGACGAGAUAUAGGCGUGUGAUCAUAGUGGUGAAAUCGUUAGUGAUCGGUGCUAGGCAAAGUGAAAUAGGCAAAGUGACGAAUAGAUAUAUCCUGGUCGAUUAUUUUUAACGUCGUAUCAUAGAAGGAAGCGUAAAAAAAAAUUUUAAAGAAAAAAAGAACGACCGUUCUCGUCUUUCCGCAAGUAAAUAGCAUCUUGUUCCGAUGAGGGGGGAUUCAGCGAGACCGGGUAAACGGCCGCUACGCGCGCUCUCGGCGUCUGAGAAGAUGGAAGCGAUACAGAGGGUCCACGAGGGCGAGAGCAAAGCCUCUGUAGCGAGAGACAUUGGGGUACCGGAGUCGACUCUCCGUGGAUGGUGCAAGUCCGAGCACAAGAUACGAGGAAUGGCUAGGAAUUCCUCGACGCCGGACAGCGAAGUACACUCGCCGGCCUCGUCCUCCGGCACGAACAAUAUUAAUCCUGGAAACAUACCCGCUGGUGGAUCAGCCAAUGUUUCCAGCGAGGACGAGAGCCCGUGCGCAAAAAGGCCGAAACUGGAUCAACAAACGUCGAUGACGGCCACCGGUAGUUCGGCGUUCUUAACCAACGACAUUUGCCUCGACAUGAACGACGGCAAACAGUCCCAACAUCAGCCUGACAACAAGCACAAGAUAGAUUACGUCGGGCUGAUGACUAGCAUGGCCAAUAUGAGGCCAGAAAACAGUUCGUUGCUCCUUCAGCAACUAGGCCUUUUGUCAGGGGCAACCGGUAGCCUGGCAAAAAAUCUCCUUGGAAUGACGGCGGCGGGUCUUUCGCACGGUAGUACCGUCGGCCUCGUCGAGAACGGACUGCAAUACACAAAGAGCACCGCAACCAAUAUGCUCGCUGGAUGUAACGGCGGCGUCGGAGUUAUUGGCGGUGGUCUCAGUGGUGUCAGCAGCAAUAACAGCGGCAAAAGGCACAGCAUCUCUGCGAUAGCUCCCGCGCAGAUGGACUCCGUCGCCAAAUCUUGCACGAGGAAGAUUUUACCACCAGCGGCGGAGGCACCCUCGACUCCCGUUCCUGCUUCCCCAAGAAAAACCAAUGAUAACGUUGGUAGCAGCGGUAGCGGUAUCUGCGGCAUCAGCGUACAACAACGUACAAAGGCGAAAAAGGAGAACGUUACUACUGGGCCCGGUAUCUGCGGCAGCUCGUCUACCGCAAGCAAUAACAAGAGGAUCGACGAUGCCCUAUGGCUGUGGCUAACGCAGCAACAACAACUCCUGGGACAACAGUCGGCUACAUUUAAUCCAAGUAUCAAUCAACAAGACGGCUCAUGGUUUUGGCAAUGGUACAAGCAGUGCAGCUUUCCAUUACUCGCGUCUACGCAAACGCCGACGCCUAUCGCUGCCAAUAAUACGGCUCCCAGAAGAUCACCGAGCAGAGCUAAGGCCCUUCUCGAUAAUGUUCUUUCCCACAAUUCCCACCACCACCACCACCACAACAACAACAACAACAACAACAACAACAACAACAACAACGACUUGGAGAAGGCGAGGCGCGGUUUUAACCAUGAGGAGGAAGGAAUCGAUUCCGUCGCAGAGGACGUGCCACGCAGUUCCGAGGAGGCGAUCGAGCACGCCGAAAAGUUCCUUAGGUGGCUGGAUAGAUGUUCUGAACCCUCCGUCACGAGGCUUCAGGUCUUGCAAUUUAAAUAUCUCUUGGACAAAUUGAAGGCGUGUAGAAAGAAAUCGCCUAGUUUAAAGCAUAGCAGAAAGUAGGCGAGAGCGCGGCACUCUGUGAUGCUAAAUAUAUAAUCUUAAGAAAGAAUGUAUGUGUGUGUGCGUGUGUGUGCGUGUGUGCGUGUGCGUGCAUUGAGGGAGAGAGAGAGAGAGAGAGAGAGAGAAUGAGAGGGAGGGGGAGGGAUAGCGCGAGGGAAAGAAAGAGAGGGAGAGUAGGAGCGUGUAAAGGACGCGAGCGCGCGCGACGAAUCGAGUAGAACGCGAACGGGGACCGCGAUGGAGGGUGACACGAGGUGGGGAGGGGACGGUGGGUGGGGGGCGGAGGGGGAGAAGGGUGUCGGACGCGCGUUGGCAAAGAGACGAAGAAGGACGGAUUCCAGCUUCUAUUCCGCGAAGUCCCAUUCGGCGAACGGCGACGAUAAGCCCUCGCGCGCCGAUAGCUCGCGGCUUCUCUGCGAGCAGUUGAAACGAACGAGAGAACGUAAUCGGAGAAGUAUAUAAUAUAGAAAAAGAAAAGAAAAAAAAUAAAGGGGAAGAGAGAGAGAGAGAGAGAGAGACAAAGGUAGACAGGAAAAGAAGAAAGACACAAAGAGUCAUCCAAAUGAAAUAAGAUGAAAAAGGGAGAGAAUAAAAAAGAGAGAGAGAGAGAGAGAGAGAGUUCCGUACACCGCACCGUUGCAGCGGCGUGUGCCGACGAUUCGUGUCUCGCUCGGUAGUAAAUAAUGCCAUGUGUAAACGUGGUUACGCUGGCUCGGGGGAGGUCCUCCUCCGUGGAAUAGCACAUGCGCUCACAGAGAGUAAUAAAGAACUUUUUUAUGAAUGAAACAACUCGGUCGGCCGGUCCCUCUACCCCACUACUCCGGCGACGUCGGCAGCGGCGGCGGCGGUGGCGGCGGCAGAACGGCACAACGAGAACCACCACGAGCUGCGCCUCCUCCUCCUCCUCCUCUUUCCCCCUCCUCUUCUUCUUCUUCUUCUUGCCUCCUCCACCACCACCACCACCACCACCACCACCACCCCCUUCGUCACACAGCGGCACUAGCGCGAGUAAAACGGCUCGACACGUUGCUGCUCCUCCGCUCCUCUCCUCUCCUCUUCUCUCUUCUCUUCUCUUCUUCUCUUCUCUUCGCGACCGCACACGACACACCAGCCAAUCCGAAGUACGCGCGGGAAACGUUAUUAUUGCUGCACCACGAGGAGAAACGCCGGUCGCCGAGCGUGGCGCAAGCAGUCGGAAAGACAGAACGAAACGAAACGAAACGAAACGAAACGAAUAUAAACCACCUCGCUUGCCUUUCUUCCCUGACACCAUCAUCAUCAUCUUCCUUCUCCUCCUUCUCCUUUACGUUUUUUUCUACUUACGUCCUUAUGAUACUUUGUACCAGACCUCCUCCUUAUUCCCCUGUACGCAACCUUUUCUUCUUCUUCGUUUUUUUUUUAUGAAGCGAACAAGCCACGUACGUACACUCUUGUUCUGCUUUUUCUCUCUCUCUCUCUCUCUCUCUCUCUCUCUAUGUACACCAUGUUGUAACACUCUGUUCGUUUUCGGAAGAAACGUGAAAACAAAAAAAAAGACCGAAAGAAGGAUGGGAGGAGAAGGAGGAAGAAAGGGACGAGGAGGAGGAGGAAGAGGUGAAGAGACAAGAGACGGCAGAGAGAUAGAGAAAAUGUUAAAAAGAUAAAGAGAGAGAGGAAAGAAAAGAAGACACGCGCGCUCUAUACGAAAGGACGGGUGUCAAGGACAAACGGGCGAUGGCGCGCGCGGACUCGCUUCGUGAAUCUCUCGAUUUACUAUCGCACGUUCUCUCUCGCUCUACCUCAUCCUCCUUUUCCCUUCUGCUCCUCUCUCGGCCUAUCCAAGAAGCGUAACGCGAUCGCCAAAGAUCCUCGAGGCGACGUAAAUUCUUUUCUCUGUUCUUAAUAUUCUCUCCUCGGUCGCGCUCCGUCACGCGACGCUUCUUUUUCCUGCGCUUUUAAACUCCUUCAACUUGCGUACCUUCUUUUUCUUAUUUCCUCUUCUUUGGUUUUAUUAUUUUUUUUUUCUUUUUCUUUUUUUUUUUUUUUUCUUAUAUAUAUAUAACGCUUGGAGGAGGCUCCUAACACGAGAUAAACGUCGUUCGUUUUUUUUCCUUUUGUUCUUAUUGUUAACGAUCCGUCUUUCGAAUAAUUAAAUGUGCACUACUACACGCUCGUUUCUCCACUUAGUUACCUUUCCCUUAGAUAAUCGGACCGAAAUCAAAAUACAUCUAGAUCGUAAUAUGAUCCGUUUAUUCCCUUUCUAUCGAAAGAUUGUAAAUAAGAGAAUAUACCAAAUUUCCUGAAUAUGGACUGUUGUAAUUAAGAUUUAAUAUGAUAUAUCGACUCUCUAGACAAAGUAUUAUCGAUCGAUCUAUUGUUUAUCGUUCGCUUACAUGUAAGUUUUACAUGCAUUCUACGUGAAGGGUGCAAGAAAGAAAGAAAGAAAAAUCCUUGCUCUCUUCCAAAUUAAAAAAACUAACUGUGAAUGACUUCUCGAAGUAGAUAAAAUAUAUAUAUAUAUAUAUAAAAAGAACAAACAAAAAGGAGAGAGAGAGAGAGAGAGAGAGAGAGAGAUGAUUUUCGCAAAUCGAUCGUUUUCGUCGAGGCUCGUCGUAACGAUUUCUGACAACCUACAAUCUUUCGAUGCAAAACUAUAUACAUAUAUAUAUAUAUAUAUAUAUAUAUAUAUAUAUAUAUAUAUAAAAUAAAAAAGUUGUUACUUUUUCGAAUCUAUCGGCGAACACAUGACUUUUGUAGCGAGUGUUCUCGCAACGAUUCUACCUCUCGUUUUGUUAACGGGUUUUUUUCUUUUCUUUUUCUUUUUUUCUUUUACUACUAUUCAUUUUAAGUUCGUUAAUAAAAUAAACUAUGUUUAUAUAUAUAUACACAUACAGACAUAUAUAUAUUUAUAUAUAUAUAUAUAUAUAUAUAUAUAUAGAUAUAUAGUCUCGGCGAGAAAGAGAAAAAAUUUGUUAAAGAAAAAGAAGAGAAAAAAGAGACCAGAGGCACGAAGGGGAUCUCGCAUCGCUCGGCGGAAUUGUUAUUCGCGCUUACGUAGCUUUUUAUUAAUAAAAAAAGAAAAAAAAAAAAAAAGAAAAAAAGACAAGAAAAAGAAAAGGAAACAAAAAAAAGAAAGAAAAAACAGUUAAAGUGUUUUUCAGAUUUUUCUUAC